UCGCUCGCCCGUUAUCCUCGUCCCUACGGUACCUUUCUGUCUCACGAGACAUUUUCCGCGCCUCACGAAAAUAACCCGCCUGCUUCGGGCCUCGUAAACCCCCCGAUUUUAUUCGAUCUGAGGAGGAAAAUACCACCCCCGGCGAUGGAAUAUUGAGGCACUGCACCCCGGUACAACUAAUGGCGACAACAGCAAAUCCCCCUCCCGGCGCUUUCGCCGUGGAGGACCACAACGGCUCCGAUCCCUUCAUUUCGAACUCGCACGACCUACAAAGGCACCGAUACUCCGCCUUCGACAACUCCCAAUUCUCUUUGUACCUAAACGGGUCUCCGUCGCAGGCCAAGAGGGCGCUACAAGCCCAUCUUUCGGAGACAACCCGUCGGCUACAAGAGACAUCCCAACUAGGCAAUGCGCUUGUCCAGCAGAGGAAGGAGCUGGAGGAGAAGCUCAAGGAGGUAGAGAAACAGCAGGAGGACAAUGAGAUUGGGCCAGAGCUCCGGCAGAGGCUGGCCGAGCUCGAAAAGGAGUUUAAUGAAGUGGGCAGGGAAACUGUGCGAACCUUUCUUCCUAAAUCCCGGGUGCCAAGUGGUGAGACCGAUACUACAGCUGGUGCUUCAGUGUAUUCCAGUGAGGCCCAUCACUCACCCUCGAAGGUCAGCGUUCCAUCCCGGAAACAGAGAAAUCAGCAGCCAAAUCGGAUCAACGACAUUGCCCUUGCGACCGAGAUCUCCACUUCACUACUCAACCAAUUGAAGGACCUCCAAGCCGUUUUGCUCGAGAAGGAUGACGCUCUCAAGGCUGCUAACCUGGACAGGUCGCAGCUCGAGAUUGAGGUAGAAGGGUUGUCUCAGCGACUACGGGCGACCGACGAAAGUGAGUCUCGACUUAAAGAUGUCAACUGGAGCCUGGAGACCCAGGUCCGUGAGUUCGAGGCUGCUACCAAAGCAGCUGCCGAUAGAGAGCAUCGUCUAAACCACAAUCUCAGUCUCUCCAAGUCCGAGAAAUCAAUGCUGGAGAGGGAAUUCGAAGAGCUGAAACAACUGUACGCAAAGAUUAGCGACGAGCAUGUUGCAAAAACGAAGCAGCACGAGACCGAGCUGUCAGGGCUUCGACGCAAUGUCUCUAUGGGAGAAACGGAGAGGGGCGCUCUUCAACGGAAGGUUGACGAACUUGCGUCCCAGAACCAGGAGCUUGCAAGGGCCGUUGCUUAUCGACUGCGGUCAGAGGACCAAGCAUCGGUAGACGACACAUCUCCAGAAGACGGUGAUGAUGAUGGCAAUACUGUGACCCCCGACCACUCGCCACCUCCGUCUCCCAGUAAAGCGACGCCUCGACAUGGACAGCUUGAAUCUGAGACGCUCAAACAUUCGCUUCACCAUGCCCACCGGAUGAUUCAGCAGCUCAAGAACAACAUCCAUCGCGAAAAGACCGAGAAGAUUGAACUAAAGCGAAUGUUGCAGGAUGCUCGCGAUGAACUUGAAUCGAACCGCAAUGGAAUCAACGGACUAGGUAGUGCGGGUAAGCGGAAAAAGAUUGAAAAAGACGUUUUCAAGAAGCCCACACGGCCAGACCGUCUCGGCGCACUGAGGACUGGUAGCCAGGAGAUUGUGGUGGACGACGAUGAAUGGGAGGAGCAAGAUGUAGAAGGCACACCCAGCCGGCGGUCAAGACAGGUCGAUGUUCCUGGAGCCUUCCCCGGUGGAUUUAGCUCUGCGGCUGAAUCAAGCCAUGAGGAGUUCGAAACUUCGAAUGAUACUUCCGAUGCCUUCGAGACUGCCAAUGAGCGUGAUGGUACCACAACCGAAACAGAUGCUUUCCAGACCGGAGCGGAAACACUCGACGGAGAUAGCACCGAUGAACUCACCGAGACUGAAGGGGGUCCUUCUACUGGCACUAUUCGCGGUCGUAGACCUUCGCCACUUUCCAUUGCUGGCAACCGCAACUCAUACCAAAGCACCGCUUCUACCUCCGGGGAUGAGGCCGACAAUGUGGAUAUCAAAACACCGGUUCAGACUCAGCAACCGCGAUAUAGGCUCAAGAUUAAGCAGGGGGGUUAUCGUCGCGCAACGCCACGAUCUAGCGAGGAGCUUUUCACAAAUACCCCCCCAGCUGCUAAGGACUCUCCAGCUAGUUUUGUCGGCAACAGCAAUAACAGCACUCCUGCUCAGGGCAAGAGCUUGUUCGCAGAGCUGGGCAAUCUCAGUGGAGAGAGCGAAGAUGGUAGUGUUGCUGACGGAACACCUAGUCGAUCGAGUCUGCUUUCCCCAGAUUCAUCACCCGAGGUUAUGAGGAAGUCUACCUUGAACAGGUCUCCUCUGCAAUUAGCUUCCGUUCCUCAAGCAAUGAUGGUUGACUCAGGAAUGAUGACAGAGCCGUGGCCACCCACGCCUUUUGCCCAAGCUGCAGAUCUCGAACAACCACUGCAGAAGACAACUUCUGUGUCUCAUGUGGGGAUGGCGACUGAACCUGAGACGCCGAGGAAGAUGGGCAUAUCAUCUAUUUCGAUGCAGGAUACACAGCCUGUUACCCCUAUGAUCAAGGAAAUCCUUCCACCAACAAUGCAUAUUUCAUCGCUUUCUUCCCAAGACACGGUCCCUGAGGCUCCUGUUGUCCGCCAACCGCCUCUUCCUGCUCUCCACAUGUCACAAAUUUCCACGCAGGGUACAAAUCCCGUCUCUCCCGUUCUCAAAAAGGCAGAACCUCCAUCCCUUAACAUAUCGUCGAUUGCGGCUCAGACGACGGAACCUAGGGAGCCCUUGGCCAACCCCAAAGACUUCUCGAAUUCGCUGUUACUUAUACCCUCCGUUUCUGCACAAGCUACGGAGCCUUUGGAGCCAUCAAAGACAGUCCUAGUUAACGAAACGUCUGUGCCGAUGCCGUUGCAUAUGUCCUCCCUCUCAACCCAGAAUACCGAACCCGUGGAAGCGCCCAUGCCAGCUUGUUCGCAAUUCUCCAUGCUUACUUCUCAAGCUACUGAGCCAGCUGGGGCACCCAGACCCACACGGUUACAACUGGCAGGCCUCGCAUCUCAAGCUACUGAGCCGGCUGAGGCACCCAGGCCCGCACGGUUACAACUGGCAGGUCUCGCAUCUCAAGCUACUGAGCCAGUCGAGCCUCCUGCAAGAACUCUGUCUCAAAUCUCCUCAAUCACGGUGCAGCACACGGAGCCUAUUGAGCCGGCUAUUAUAUUGCCUCCAGCAAACAGGUUCUCAGAUGUCAUGGUCCUUCAAAAUACCCAGCCGGAGUCACCAACACUUCCUGCUUUCUUGCCGAGUCCGAGUAGGCCUUCGACUGCCCACCGUGUUCCUCCCGCUAUUCUGUCGUUAUCGAACAUUGUGUCCCAAGAGACGGAGCCACAUGUUCCCUCGAGACCUGUCACAGCACACCGUGCAGCUCCAGAAGCAGUGCAACUAGGAUUCUUCAAUUCCGUACUUCCUUGGGGCAAGAAUAUGUCUGAGGUGACGGCUGAGGCCAGCAGCCGUUCACCUUUGGCGCCGAUUGCUUCCAAUGCCGUUCAGACCGAUCGUGGUCUGGAGUUCUCAACACCGGAACAACGUCCCCUUACCCCGAUGACUGAUGAGGGAACUCAGACGAUGGUGACUGCCGACCAGAUCGACAAAGUGUUAGCAACGAGGAGCCAGCGACAUUCUGGGACUAUCGCAGCUGCUGGUGUAGAGAAGAGCAUGUCACCACCAUCGUCGCCUAGAAGGUACAGUGACCCCAGUAGGGCUCCUCGACGUCCUGGUAGCUCCGGAAGCAUACGGUCUCGUGACACGUCUCCCCCCCCUCUUCCCCCAGAUCACAAGCAGGUCAUUGCUGCUGCUGCGCUCAAGUCGCCAACCCUACCUGUCUCGACGCCUUCUACUCCCGGGGUAAUGGGCCCUCCAGGUAUGCCAGCGUCUGCAUAUAAGAAACGCCCUAUGACACCGGUGACGGUGAAAACAAGCAAUGGAGUUUCGAGUCCAAAGAUGGGUGGCACAACGCCUCGACCUCGACACCAACAUCAGCGAAGCGAUGCUGGUAGGAGUGGUGCCACCUCCCCCAUUAGUCGGCGAUCAUCAGUGUCAUCGUUUGUCUCAGAAAUUGAUCAGCGCUUCAAUAUUUCCAGCCAAGCUCCAUUUGGUCCGAAUGGCUUUGAUCCGGCUUCUACGGAUCCUCGAAUGAUCCAGGCAAUUACGCAGACCAUGAUUGGCGAAUUCCUUUGGAAAUACACCCGGAAGGCUGGACGAGAGGGAAUGUCAGAGAAUCGGCACCGUCGAUUCUUCUGGGUCCAUCCAUACACGCGGACCUUGUACUGGAGUGAAAAAGAUCCUGCGACUGCUGGUCGUUCUCAGCUGAAGGCGAAGAGUGUAGCUAUUGAGGCUGUGCAAGUCGUUUCUGACGACAAUCCUUACCCUCCAGGUCUUCACCGAAAGAGUCUUGUUGUCAUAACACCUGGACGAACCGUCAAAUUUACAGCAACUACAGGGCAGCGGCAUGAGACAUGGUUUAACGCGCUCUCUUACUUGCUUCUUCGCACCGGGGAAGAACAAGUAGAGCAAAAGUUCGCUACCGACGAAAUCCAGAACGAAUUCAACCCUGGCUUCCGCAGCUCGUCACGACAGACUGGUCGCUCCAGGGCGUCUCUCUCGUCCCAUGUGAGCCGGCGGACGUCCUCUCCUCACCAUGCCCAGAUUCCUACACUUCGACAGCCGUCAACAACGUCACAACGGGCUUCUUCGCAGACUCCAGGAUCAGGGCGAUUCAGCAGCCUGAGUGGAGUGUUUCGUCCAAGUCCGGGAGGGAUACGAAGCUCCUUCUCAAGCAGACACAGCAAAGCUAGCGCGCAAGAGGCUUCGACUUAUGGACAGUCAGAACCUAGUCACUCUGCCGAGGACCUCACGCGCGAGAUGAUGGAGCAGCGACAGCGUGACAUGGAUCGCCUGGAGAUGGAGAACGUGCGGGCAUGUUGCGAUGGCAAGCAUGAUGUCGCAUCCCUUACUCACAAGAGCGGUCGUCAUACCAGUUUCCAAUCUCGGCCUUCUCUUGUCGGCUCUAUGAGUUCACGGUCACAUUCUCGAGCUGAAUCGCAUGGUGCGCAUUGAGGCGCAGGCCAUCAAUAUCCUCACUUCCACAAAAUUCCCUAGAAUAUUUUUUCCUUGUUUGUCUGGCAGAGCCAUACCCAUACCGUCAUCUAACUGACAAUCUUUCUCCUUAGUCGCGGGCAAAUAUCAUCCUUUGAAGCGCUCCUCUCCUUUGUCUCUUUCCCUUACA